UCAACCAAGUAAGCGGAUGCGAAAAUAAUAUAAUUUCCCACCGAUCUUUUGUACGCAGAUUGUGGUGAUCUGAAAUCCGGAAAAUGAGCACCCAGAAAAACAAUACCGACGACAUUCGCGGCUUAGCAUCGGACAUGGGCCGUCUCUGCAUGAACGAGCUCUACUCGGACGUGGUGUUCUUGGUGGAGGAUCAGCGGCUUUCGGCCCACCGUCUUGUUCUGGCGGCGCGCAGUGAGUAUUUCCGCGCCAUGCUAUAUGGGGACCUGGCUGAGUCGAAGGAGCGAGAAAUUCGGCUGGAGGUGCCGCUGGAGGCUUUCAAGAUAAUCCUCGAGUACCUUUACUCGGGCAAGUUACCCCUUUCCUUACUGGAUGUGGAUAAGAUAAUCGAUGUGCUCAAUCUGGCGCAUCUUUACGGCUUGGAGUACGUUGAAAGGGCUAUAACCAAUCAUCUCCAGAAGAGUAUUGCCGUCAGCAACGUGUGCGUGAUCCUGAAUGCAGCGCGCCGAUACGAUCUGGACCAGCUGACCAAAGAAUGCCUCAAGUUUAUGGGCAACAAUGUGGUCGAUCUACUUAAGCACGACUCCAUCAAAAUGCUGACCAAGGAGUCAUUUGAGGAAUUCUUGCGACGAGACAAUUUCUGUGUUCCUGAAGUGGAAAUCUUUCGGUCUGUAUGCAAAUGGAGGGACAACAAUCCGAGCGAGGACAUCCAGACGCUGUUAUCCCUCGUACGUCUCCCGCUGAUGAGUAUCCAUGAACUGCUGCAUGUGGUGCGUCCCUCUGGCAUAUUCGAACGGGAUCAAAUUUUCGACGCCAUUGAUCAAAUAGACACCGGAAUCAAUCUGCCCCACCGAGCCGUCAUGUUACCGGGGGAAGAUGUGGCAUCCGAAAAGUUUCAUGCGCGCCGUAUCACUGACAACGGAAAUGAGCGAGUCAUCCAGCUGGGACAAUUUUACAAAAUCAACUAUAUAAAAAUGGUAAAUAUUUCAUACAACUGUAGAUGUACCGUGGAUGUGUCAUGCGACCAGAUCCACUGGGAUUCUGCGGGACCAUAUAGCUGCUACGAUGAACCUCCGAAUGAAACCCGCUUUACGGCGCGUACCUUCCUGAAGGAAUCUGCCGAGGUGAACGAGCAACGCCGCCUCAAUUCCAUAACGCUGCAAAAGAACGCCCAGCUUGCUGAUGAUCUUCGAGCUGCCACACCUGAUGAGUGCUGCAAACGCGAGGGAGGUAACAAGGACGCCCUGAAGCUGGCCGUCUACGUGCAGAAGAUGGGGCCAGUAUUAGGGCCACAUAUCUGUGGUGAAUUGCUGAGGGUCCUAGCUGGCUGGUAA